AGGAAAGAAGCCAAAAUAAAACACCCAAUCUCACCACUGGACUUUGUGAGCAAAGAGGCCCCGCCCACUCCUAUUUCACGCUGGAGGAAGGUGAGUCUCUGCUUGUGUCUUUCGUGGACACGUGUCAUGUGACUUCUUUCAUCUUUAACCACGUCUUCCGUGACUUUUUUUCUACAUGUUUAAAGAAGCGUCCUUUGUCUUCUUGUGGACAUGAGCGCCUCUGCUGGCGGCAGGAAGUACAGUAUGAUGUGCCAAACAUGUCUUCCACUGGCGUCCUCGUGUUGUCGGACCCUUGUCCCUGACGUCGGAGGACCUGUUCCACAACGUCUGGAAGAUGAAGAAGAGUAUUUUUAUCCGCAAGUUAUUUUUAGAUCAGUCACGUUCUUAUUCUUGUUUCAUUUCACACGCACACGCCGUUUGAGAUGUUUGCGUGUCCCCGUGCCUUCCAGAAGCGUCCCAGCAUGGCCGAGCACGUCCACAGCAGCACCGUGUCCUCAGACAUCCACGCCUCCUCCGUCCUCACUCUGGAGCAGAGGGCGGCCUUCGUCUUCGUCCUCGUCCUCUUCGUCUUCCUGGGCCUGCUGAUCGUGCGCUGCUUCCGCAUCCUCCUGGACCCGUACCGCAGCAUGCCGUCCUCCACCUGGACCGACUACACGGAGAAGGACACUUUCGACUACCGCAUCUCCUGACAGGCGGCGUGAGAGGCGGCCGGACCCUGAGCGUGCCGUCACCUGAGGGUCCAAAAAGAGCUUCCAGGGCAGAGAACGGAGUUUUGGAAGCAAAGGCUUCAUGGGAUACUCUUCUUCAAAAAAGCGACCCGCGACAAAUCUCGUCACGACUUUUGGAGAGUCUGACAUGAAAGCACGUAUCGCUCUUCUCGCCGCGGGCCCCUCCCCCAUCUAAAAGCACUCACAGGCGGCUCCGUCUUGUAUGUGACAUCAUCAACAACAGCAGAAGAAAGCCGAUGCGUGUUUUUAACUCACUUUCUGCAAACGCGUCAUGGAAGUGUGCGCGCUCCGCCGCCACAAAUAGAUUGCAGUCCUGUGGGAAAACACUGGCAGACAUUUCGAGAUCAUUCCUUAGCAUCAAAGCUCGUUUUAAUUCCAAGUAAGCACGAACUGUGUGACUGUAUCACCACGGAACACACAGGCUACUCUAUGAGCACAUACACGUACUUUAUGCUGGAAGACUGGAACACCUCGGGUCCGAUCUCUGUUGGGCAUCUCUGUGUGGAGUUGGAAUGUUCUUCCCGUGCGUGCGUGGGUCUUCUCCGGGUACUCCGGUUUCCGCCUAUCCAAGGUCAAAUGACCCCAGCGACCAAGCGGAGCUACAUUCCUGGUCACGGAAACCCGACCAGAAGCGGACUCGUGGGGGUGAAUCACUGCUGAUACACGACACUGCUGAUGGGGAUGUCAUACAACUUCACAAAAAAUCAAUGUCAUGAGUUUAUUCUCUGAAAUGUUUUUUAUUCAUUAGAAAAGCUUUUUUUUCUCUUCAUGUGUUGACUUUAUUGCGG